AUGAAGCUGUCACAACUUGCUCUUCUCUUUUUACCAGCAUGGGCAUGCGCCUACUCAGAGGCCGAAUAUGACGAUGGCAAGGUGCAUGAGAUGAUCAUGAACAGGAAGCAUGCGUCCUGGAAUAAGCACAGAGGAUGGGGUGAAUACAACAGCAAGAAGUGGAAGUCGUUCCUCAAGCACCACAAAGACAACGACGUGAUCAAGUGCAACAGCAGGGGAGUUGCAGUCGUCGAGCCUGGAAACCCAUCAGAGACGUUCCGAUGCAAGAACAUUGAUUACUACGACUUUAAAAGUCAUGCAGAUCUCGGGUCUUUCGCUGGCGAAGGCUCUUCAUCAUGGGGCUGGGUCGCUCCGAACGGUCGUGAGUUCGUGGCCAUCGGUCAAGCAGAUGGUACUGCUUUCGCAGAGAUCAACAGAAAUGGCAAGCUCGUCUACCUUGGUCGACUCCCGCAGAACUCCGUCUUCUCAAUCUGGAGAGAGAUUCGCUCGUACAAGAAUUAUAUGGUCAUCGGAUCCGAGGCUCGAGGUCAUGGCAUCCAGUUCUUCGACAUGAACAAGCUGCUCAACAUCGACCCAAGAAGCCCGAAGAACUUCAGUAUCACUGCAGACGUCACUGGUCUUUUCACUGAUCUUCCUGUCGGUCGCACGCACAAUGUUGUCAUUAACGAAGAGCUUGGCUACGCUGUAUCGGUCGGUGCUGCACCUCGCAACAGUACUUGCAGAGCUGGCCUCAUCUUCAUUGACGUCAACGACAUCACCAAGCCUGUCUCGCCAGGAUGCGCCAGCUCUGACGGCUACGUUCACGAUGCUGAAUGUCUUGUCUACCGCGGACCUGAUAAGCGCUACUAUGGCCGCGACAUCUGCUACGGCUACAACGAAGACACUCUCACCAUCUACGACGUCACCGAUAAGACUGGCAAGAACGCAUCCAAGAUCAUCUCGCGCACUCCCUAUGUUGGAGCUGCCUACACUCAUCAGGGCGCUGUCCUUGACCGUGACUGGCAAGAGUAUCUUGUACUCGACGACGAGCUUGAUGAGGAAGAUCGUACUGGACCUGCUGCUGACCAAUUUCCUGUGACCUACAUCUUCGACAUCCGCAACCUCGAGAAGCCUGUCAACACUGGCUUCUACAAGUCCAAGCAGAAGUCUAUCGAUCACAACCAAUAUGUUUUCGAUGGUCUCGUCUACCAGUCCAACUACGCCGCCGGGCUUCGUGUAUACGAUGUCAGCGGCAUUCCUGCUGAUCCGACCGGUGGAAAUGUCGAGGAAGUCGCAUACUUUGACAUCUACCCUGAAGAUGAUGCGGCCGAUGGUCUUGUCGACUUCGUCGGUACCUGGAGUCAUUACGCUGGUUUCCCAAGUGGUUACAUCAUGAUCAAUACCAUUGAAAGAGGUGUCUUUGUCGUGAAGAUGAACAAGUUUGGCAAGAAGGGACACGGCAAAUGGUGGAAGAAGCCCAGACAAGGUUGGUGGUAG